AUGGACGUGAUGCUCAGCCCGAAGAAGCUCAUCAAAAUGACCAAGAAGUUGCAGAAGGUACCUGUUAUUGGGAGGAAGAGAACUUCACCCCCAACAGUCAUUGGCAGUAACAAGAUGAAUAGUAGUACCGCAGAUAAGGGCACUUUUGUCAUCUACACCCUUGACAAUAGACGCUUUAUACUUCCUUUAUCCUAUCUCUGCAACCACAUUUUCCAAGAGCUCUUUAAGAUGUCUGAAGAAGAGUUAGGAAUAUCGAGAAUCGGUCCUAUCGUACUCCCGUGCGAUUCACUCCUCAUGAAUUAUAUAGUCUCACUUGUUCAGCUUGGAAUGAGUUUAGAAGUGGAGAAAGCUAUCCUCAAUUCUAUUAUUAGGCUUAGGAGUAGCUACUUCUUGUCUACUUUUGAUCGAGAACUACAGACCAACCAACAAUUACUCCUUUGUGGUUUUUGA